CAUAAACAAAUACAAAGUGAAAGGACAUUAGCCUUUGCUAAGAAGCAAAUAGUGUUGUAGUUGGUGGUGUGUUGCUUUGAGGUUGCAUCCUGGACACAUACGGAUUUAAAUCUUUCCGGAAAAUGGGAACUGGAGACCGUCUAUUGGACAUACCAUGCAAAGUCUGCGGGGAUCGAAGUUCCGGAAAACAUUAUGGGAUUUAUAGCUGUGAUGGCUGCUCCGGAUUUUUUAAGAGGAGCAUACACAGGAACAGGAUAUAUACGUGUAAAGCAACUGGAGAUAUGAAAGGACGAUGUCCAGUGGAUAAGACGCAUCGAAAUCAAUGCCGUGCCUGCCGAUUAUCAAAAUGUUUCCAGUCUGCGAUGAAUAAGGAUGCUGUUCAACAUGAGCGCGGACCUCGAAAACCGAAAAUCCCUCACAUGCAGCACGGCUCCAAUCCGCUUCAGCAUCAUAAUCCGCAUCUUCCUAUGUCUCUAGUCACCAAUGUUUCGGCGUCGUUUAACUAUACUUCUCAUAUCUCAGCAGCGGCUCAACGUUCCGGUUUUCAUCCCCAUCAUCCUUCUCAGCUACAUCAUCCCCAUCACAGUCAACCGCCUCCACUGGGUUUUGGGCCUCUACUUCCAGCCGCUCAUCAUAGUCUGAUGGAUACCCCAAAGCAUCCAGAUCAUCCUCAAUCCUUCAUUGAUCUCACUGCCUCGAACAACAACGAUUUUUACAAGCCCUUGCAUCACCUCUCGCCGUCUCCAACGCAUACUAUUCAGAGUAUAUCGAGUGUUGGAGGACCGGCUUCUGAAGAGACAGGAAGCCCUAGACUGAAUGUUGAAACUACCCCGUCAACUACUCCCCCAGCACCGCACAGCGCUAGACAGAAUGGAUUUUUCGAGAUUCUGUUAAAUCCGGACAAAUGCCAGGAGUUCAUCCAGUAUCAGGUUCAUAAUUCAAUAAUGUUUCCGCCCUUGCCCCACUCCCUCAUCGGAAUGGAUUCGAGACUGCUGUCCUGGGAGAUGUUACAGGAGACUACGGCCAGAUUAUUGUUUAUGGCGGUGAGAUGGGUGCGAUGCUUGAUGCCUUUUCAAACUCUAUCAAAGAACGAUCAACAUUUGUUAUUACAGGAGUCAUGGAAAGAGUUAUUCCUUCUCAACCUCGCACAGUGGAGUGUACCCUUAGAUCUAACACCAAUUCUCGAGAGUCCCUUGAUCAAGGAACGAGUCCUUCAAGACGAGGCUACUAUAACAGAAAUGAAAACAAUCCAAGAGAUCCUUUGCCGGUUUCGACAAAUAACUCCGGAUGGAAGUGAAGUUGGUUGCAUGAAGGCCAUUAGUCUUUUCGCUCCCGAGACACCUGGGCUUUGUGAUAUUCAACCUGUUGAAAUGCUCCAGGAUCAAGCUCAAUGCAUCCUUUCUGACCACGUAAGACUCCGAUAUCCGCGUCAGCCUACCCGGUUCGGACGUCUCCUCUUACUGCUUCCUUCUCUCCGCACCAUCAGAGCAUCCACGAUUGAGGCUUUAUUUUUUAAGGAAACCAUCGGCAACGUUGCAAUAGCCCGGCUGCUGCGAGAUAUGUACUCCAUGGAACAAUACGGAUCAAUUGAUAAAUAAUUAUUGUUCCCAGGAACAAUUGGAAAAGGAAAAACAAAUAUCGAUGAAUUUUCAUUUCAUGCCUUCGAAUAUUUUCUUUUUAUUUGCUUCAACCCCCGAGACCGAGCUCUUCCACGAGAAAGCAACGGCAUCGACGUCCCACACGUCCAAUGGUUGGACGACUUCUGCCGAAGGACAUUUCCUACCCUUAUCAGGGCGUUUUCAAUGUUUUGAUUUGUCGCCGAGCUGGUUCGCGAGAAAGAGGAGACGAGUCCGCUACACUUACAAGUAUUGCAUUGUGAAUGGAAGAAAACGCAAGAAGGAGUGAGGAAAAGUUAUCCUUUUUUUCGUGGCGCAGGGCACAGGUAACUGGGAGUAUGGUAGGCGAUUCCUUUUUGAAAGGGUGCCACUGUGUAAUCAGAAAUGGAGUUGAAGAUGAAAAAAUAACUUUGCCGUGAGCGUUUGUAUGUCAUAUGUGUGCGAAGAUGGUGGGAACCACCACAUUGUACUCAGGAUCUGUGUAGUCCUUGCCACUGGAAGCCACUCAGGUGUCUUACGGAUUAAUAUGAUUGCAUUUUUUUUGCGUUUUGGCGGAGUAUUUUGAUAUCAUCAUAGUAAAACCAACCCUUUCCAAGGAAGAUGGAUAGUUGGAGCUACGGAAGAUUUGGUCGCAUGAGUUGCGGUUUUAAUUAUUUAUCCGUGAGGGAUCUCACAUUGAUGCAGCCCCUCUUUAAGGGAGUUACAGAUAAGUGUUCGAAUAUAACAGUUCACCCUUCGUGGUAAAAUAGAGAUAAUCAAAAUGUGUAUAAAUAAAUAAUGAUGAAUUUAUAGCAAGGAUUCAACGCAGUAAUCAAAUGUAUUUAGUUCAAGAAUCUGAAAAAGGACA